GUAACAUUUUUUUUUCUCCUGCGCUGCUACAUUGAGAAUGUUGUGGGUACUUCCAGCUCAUAAAUGUGCUUUAGUCAGUUUCCCUGCAGCCACAGACGCAAACAUAGGUGAGGGUAUAGGCUUCAAACAACCUGCUGGGUAUGGAGACAGAGAUGGAGAGCAUGCUGCAGCUUGCAGCGGAGGCUUUCCAGUCGAAAAACUUCGACCUAGCUGCGGAUAUCUAUGAGUGCCAACUAGCGAGACUUGGAGAUCCAGGGAGCCGGCAGGAACUGAUGGUAAAGCGGGCUGACGCACUCGCCUUCGGGGGCAAAUUCACCGAAGCUUUCGAGGUGUACAGACAAGCCUCGGAGACAGAAAGACUGAGACCUGUUCACCUGACCAACCUUAUAGAGUACCUGUCGGGUAGUAUCAGGAGGCAAGACGGAGGUGACAGUCAAAACAGGGGCCCGAGGGGAGGAGAGGAGUAUGGGGCGUCGGUUGCAGCUGGAUGCCCGGGCGUUGGUGCUACAGCUUUUGUGUACGAAGACUUCUCCUGCCGGAUAUGUCUGAGCUUUCUGUUCGAGCCUGUGACUCUUCCAUGCGGACACUGCUUCUGUAAAAAGUGUCUGGAGAGGGAGAGGAAGGAGAAGGAGCAGCCGAUGAUGUGUAAAGAGUGCAGGGACAGCUCCAGAGUAGCCGACGUCCAGAGUUACAGGGUCAAUGUGGUCCUCAGCAACCUACUGGCCAAGUCGUUCCCGACCUCGCACCAGGCCGGUCUGCUGAGGCGGGAGGGCAACGGACUAUACGCAGAGAAGAAGAUGGAAGCAGCGCUGGAGAAAUAUAACCAAGCCAUAUUGAUAGCACCCAUGGACCACAUACUGUUCAGUAAUCGCUCCCAGAUCCACUCCAGUCUGAGACACUACGAAAAAGCUCUGAGAGACGCUGAGAUGGCCUGCAGACUCAUGCCUCACUGGUCCAAGGGUCAUGUUCGUAAGGCUCAGGCCCUGGUGUCGCUGGGCAGGACAGAGGAAGCUCUGAGGGAGUACCUGGUCUGUCUGUCCAUAGAGCCCGACUGUAGACUGGCCCAGACUGAGGCUCACAAGCUCCUCGGUGAUCUCCUGGCUCCAGUUACAGAUCAGGUCCCUGAACACAUCUCAGACUACUCCAGUCUACUGUCUUUCAGAGCACACAUCAAAAACAGCAUUAACACUCCCUCACAGAUCUUUAGUCCCAGCUUGUGGUUGUCAGUGUCCAGUCUUGCCUCCACUCCUCCUGCACCUGAGAUGCAAGAGGAUGAGAGAAAGCCCGAAGUCAGGAGGCCAGACCACUGUUUUCUCCUCAAAAGGAAAUGGAGUAGCACAGAUGAGAACACGGAGGAGGGAGGACAGGAGAGAAGAGACGAUCACAAGAGGGCAAAAUCUGAGCCAGCAGAGGCGACUGAUCCAUUGAGUUCUGCGGUUAGUGACGUUUUGGACCCGAAAGAUCUGGAGUGUUCUCUUUGUAUGAGACUUUUCUAUGAGCCAGUGGCAACGCCAUGCGGUCACACGUUCUGUCUUCGGUGUCUGGAGAGAUGUCUGGACCACAACCCAAAGUGUCCACUCUGUAAAGAGGAGCUGUCUGAGUACCUGGUCCAGAGGCAGUUCUGUAAGACAGUACUAAUGGAGAACCUGAUAUCGAAGUAUCUUCCCUCAGAGCUCAUAGAAAGACAGAGAAUCCACCAGGAUGAAAUGGCUGAGUUCUCUAAUCUUAACAAGAAUGUGCCUAUAUUUGUGUGCACCAUGGCCUUCCCCACUGUGCCGUGCCCUCUCCAUAUCUUCGAGCCCUGCUACAGACUGAUGAUUCGUCGAUGCAUGGAGACGGGAACUAAGUGCUUUGGCAUGUGUCUGGAAGACAACCUCAAAGGGUUCGCAGACUACGGGUGCCUGUUGGAGAUCCGCGAUGUAAAGUUCUUUUCCGAUGGCCGUUCAGUUGCGGACACUAUUGGCAGACGGCGGUUUAAAGUCAUUCAACACAGCGAGAGGGAUGGCUACAACACAGCCGAUAUAGAGUACCUGGAGGAUGUUAAGGUGGAGGGUGUGGCACAGCGUGAGCUGCAGUCCCUGCAUGAUACGGUGUACGACCUGGCCCUGGUGUGGGUCAACUCCUUGAAAACCGAGCAGAAGGAACGCAUCGAAGGACACUUUGGACCCAUGCCUCAGAAAGACUCUGAACUUCAGGACAGUCCUAACGGUCCCUCGUGGUGUUGGUGGUUACUCGCAGUGCUUCCGUUAGAAGGCCGAGCCCAGCUGCCGUUCCUGGCCAUCACCUCUCUGAAAGAACGCCUCAGCGGCAUCCGCAAGGUGCUGCUCUUCAUGGCCCACAGCAAGCACCGGUGACAUGCGCGCCAUAUGUGUGCACCCUACCUGGAAAAAAAUGCAGCAACUAACCACCUGCCCCGCACACACCCUCCUCCAUAAGCAGCAGUUGACCUGUUGUUUUUCCAUUUCGACGCACAAAGACCUGAUGUUGUUGCACCUUCCUUGUUGUAGCGUCAUCCCAUUCAGAACGCAGCACUGGACUCAUACACACUACAGAGUCUUACAACAAAAAAGCAGCAACAAAAGACUGUUGGUCUGAAUGCAUACAUUUCUUCCAUUCAUAACAUUCCCUUCACACCAUACAGAAAACCAACCAAGCGGAUCUGCAGACUGAAGCUAUGUUCAGACAGGAAGGAUUCUUUCUUUCUUAAAAUUACAUUACAAAAGCGACUACAUUUAGGUUCAAACUAGGGCUGUCAAACGAUUCAUUUUUUCUUAUCUGCGAUUAAUCGCUGAAUUUCAAUAGUUAAAGUGA